AUGUCUCCUCCCCAUCUUAAGUCAGGCCACAGGAUAUACAUCACGGGCGACACGUUGUGCCUCGACGAACUCAAGGCCACCCCACGAUGA